GUGUGGGAAAGAAGUCAGUGUACAAUUAGUGGUCAUAUAUCAAUAUGUUGAUACUUUAUAUAGGUGAUUUCAACAUAAAGAAGUAGAUGUAGAAAAAACGCUCUGUGUUAAAAAUGUUUAAUUAUUUAGCGUGUGAUUGAUAUUCAACAGUACAAGUAACAAAUACACUGUGGCUCCAAUUUAUAGGGGGCUGGCAGCUUUAAUCACACUUGAGUUGUUCUAUUGCGGCGGUCUCAGCACCUGAUAUCUCCUCAGGUACAUUACGACAAUAUUUUCAAGCAUUGGACCGUUUUCCCCACAAGAACAGUGGUGACUGAGACAUGAAUAAACCAUGUCACAAUGACAAAGUUAAACGUCAGAAAGACAGAUUGCAGAGCAGGAAACUCGAUCUUCCAUGAAUCCGAUCAAAGGAUUAACUUUUCCUGACUUGAUCCUGAAACCGGCUGAAUGAAAGAUGAUUUGAAAAUCAGUUCAUUGGACUUCACAGCGAGGAUGCAGGAAUCCGAGAAUGAACCAGAAUUUCAAUAUGAGAAUCCCUACGACAGUUUUAUGCGGAAGCACCUUCAGCACUAUGGCUACUACACAGGCCCUCUGGCAGGGUGCAGAAACUUUGCAAAAGGAGUGUUUCCUCAUGCAUGCAGGGAUAAAGGCAAUGAUUACUUCAAUCCACUUUUCAAAUUAUACCAUCUCAGGACGAAACCAGGGCUACCGGAGCACAUUUCAGACAUAUGCAGAAUGGGAGAAGAACUAUUCGCUCAUGUCCGGAUCUGAGAGCUCGGAGUCAGACUCUGAAGAUUCAGAUGAUAAGAAAGACAAUGCCUUGCGUGACCAGAUCCAGAGGACGACCCAGCUGGUGUUUGUUGAGAAGGAGGGCAAGGGGAUGGUGCCUAAGCUCAAGGACCCCAUCAACCUCUUCCCCAAGGAACUGGGACCACAGCAGGCUGCUAGAUGGCCAGCUGAGAUCCAGGUGAUAGAAAAGAGGAUCAAGCAUAUACCCUAUGUGCCCAGUGAACCAGAGCCUUUUUACAAGAACACCGGUUCAGAAAGAACGCCCAUGGUACAUGGUGAAGACAGAGGUGGCAGACUAAUCUUCAUGUAUGAGCCAAGGAGUACAUUUUUUGUUCGUUCUCGGGUUGGAGGUAUCCCAGCAGGUCCUGAGCAGUGUAACAUAAGUGUGAACCGGGCUGCAGAUGAUGCCACGCUAGUGUUCGAGUCGCGAUUUGAGAGUGGCAAUCUUGCAAAGGCAGUUCAAGUGGCUGACUUUGAAUACGAGCUGUGGCUGCGUUAUGACCUGUACACAUCAAAGCACACCCAGUGGUUCUACUACUCUGUGUCCAACACCAGGCCCAACCAGCAGUACCGCUUCACCAUAGUCAACUUCAUGAAGCCGGACAGCUUGUACAACUAUGGGAUGAAACCUCUGCAGUACAGUGAGAAAGAUGCAUUGAAGAAAAUAGGCUGGCGUCGAUAUGGCUCCAACAUCAAAUACUACCGCAACAACACAAAGUACGAGACUUCGAAAGGGGAGAAGCCCUUCUACUCUCUCACAUGGACAACAGAGUUCAACCAUAAGCAUGACACUGUGUAUUUUGCUCACUGUUUUCCAUACACAUAUACAGACCUUCAGGAUUAUUUAUUGGACUUGCAAAAUGAUCCCAUUAAGUCAAAGAUAUGUAAACAAAGAGUGCUAUGUAGGACUUUAGCUGGAAAUCUAGUCUAUUUAUUAACAAUUACUUCACCUUCUACCAAUCCAGAAGACAUAAAGCACAAGAAAGCCGUGGUACUGACAGCCCGCGUGCAUCCAGGGGAGAGCAACUCCAGCUGGAUGAUGAAAGGUUUCCUGGAUUACCUCACCAGCAACACUGCCGACAGCAAGCUGUUACGCGACACGUUCAUCUUCAAAAUCGUGCCCAUGUUGAACCCUGACGGAGUGAUUGUGGGUAACUACCGGUGCUCCCUGGCAGGUCGUGACCUCAACAGGAACUACAAGACUGUGCUCAAGGAUGCCUACCCCACAGUGUGGCACACCAAGCAGAUGAUACGCAGGCUUCUACAGGAGCGAGAGAUAGUUGCCUACUGUGAUCUGCAUGGGCACAGCCGACGUCACAAUGUGUUCAUCUACGGCUGUGAGAACAGGCACAUGCCUGACAAACGUCUGCGUGAACGUAUCUUUCCAUGCAUGCUCAACAAGAACUCUCCAGAUAAGUUUGCCUUUGAUUCCUGCAAGUUCAAGGUACAGAAGAGCAAGGAGGGCACAGGCAGGAUUGUCAUGUGGAACAUGGGCAUACUCAAUUCCUACACUAUGGAGGCCACGUUCUGUGGUUCCACAAUGGGUAAGAAGAAGGGAUAUCACUUCUCUACGCGAGAUUUUGAGGAGAUGGGUGUUGACUUCUGUGACACACUCUUGGACUACUGUGAUCCUGACACAACCAAGUGUGCAAAUGUUUUGUGUGAUUUGGAGGAGAAUUUGCGACAGGAAAUCCGCAUCAAAUUGGUGCAGAAGGGAGUUAACCCUGACACUGUGGACCUCAACGAUGAUCUCUCAGCCUAUGAGUUUGAGUCCAGUGACUGCGGGUCUGACAGCUCUGACUCUGAUGGCCCCCCAGUGCAUCUACAGUUUCAGACCACCAGGGAAGACAAAGGCACAUCUAUGGAAGGCUGUAUGGUUCCUAAAAAGAAGAAAAAGCUGAGAUCACGUAAAGAGCGAGACAAGGUCAAGGACAGCAGUAAAGACAGCUCCAAGAAAGGCGAUAAGGAGAAGGAGAAACUACUGGAGGAUUCUAAACUGACUAAACCUCUCAGUGGCCAUCAAGCAGCGCAUGCUAAGCAGGAGAAGAAUGCACAGGUCCGUUAUAUGCAAGGCUCCCCUAAACGCCCCAAAUCCCUCGAUGAGCGUGUCUCGAGUGAGACUCGGGAUUUACGUGGUAGUGCACACGGCCCCAAAGAGAACGGGGAUGAUCACCAACAGAAGCGGCCUCGCAAACUUCUCGAGACCGCAAAAUGUGAUGCAGAGGAUACGCAGGCCAUAGCUGUGAGCUUUAGCCCAUGUAGUAAUUCUGAGUUAUCGCCUUCUGCAAACACGCUCGCAACUCCUGCAGGGAACACAUAUUUGGAGUCCCUAACUGAGGCAUACAUUCGGAAAGGAAUCAUUCAAAAACAGCAUGAGCAAGCAGCAAGGCGCUUACAAGGAAAAGCUCCCGCUCAUUUACGCUAUUCAGGCACGGUGGGGAAACCCCCUCCUGCACAGGGCGCCAUGCCCAUCAGUUUCGAGGGACUCUGUCCCCACCACGAGCAAGCAUUUGCAGCCCAGCUCAUGGCCCAGCAACUGCAAAACAUGACCGGAGUUGUAGGUAACUCAUUUGUUCGUGUGUGGAAGGAAUAUCUUCGAAAGCAUCAUGCUCCACCCAAACUUCAACAGCUGCAGAUGGACGAGCUGAUGCGUCAGCAGGGGGCCUCCAGUCCUAGCCAGGGUAUGGGUGUACAGACGGAGAGGCGACACAGUAGGCACCUGCUGGAAGUGUCAGAGGACAGGAAGCGACAGGAGUUGCUACAGCAACACCAGCAGCAACAGAGGCGACCUGAAAAGAGUGCAUCCAAGACUGCUGCAGAAGACAAAGAAAAACUGGGUGGCCUUUCAACUCGUCUGAAGGCUCAGAUUCCAUCUGCCACGUUUGUGCACUACGACACGUUCAAGAUCUCGCAGAUGAACAUCGACACCAAUGACAGUCGACCUGAGGAAUUCUCUCGUUCUGAAGAACUCAACGGGAAAGAUUAUUUCUAUCAAGUUCGAUUACAAAACCUGCAUUGGCAAGACAUAGUUGAGGAGGCAUCAAAAAAGGAAAGCCAGGGUCACCAUAAGGGCCACAAGCAUAGUGGGCGCAAAAGUCGCAUGGGUAUGCAUGAUUCGGAGGAAGAAGAUGAUGUGAAAGUGCGAGAUGGCCCUGACUACGUACAAGACCCACAUGCCCAUCGACCCCCACGCGUCAAGUCUGCCCGGCAUCGCAGUGACGAAACCAACAGUGCAAUACAAUUUGUCAACGAUCUACGCCAGUCACUGGCCUCCUCAGCAGCCAACACUCACCUCAGUCCGACCGCUGGGAACUACAUAAAGAAGUUAUUGAAUGAGGACUUAAAGCAGACAACAGAUGAGGUGGAUCAUAUUACUGCCGAACUACAGAACAGUAUACAUGAAAAGGAAAAACAGUAUGGGGAAUUAAUUCACCAAAGGGAGAUAAAAAAGGAGUCAGAACAGAAAGUGGUGGAAAAGUCUAAACAAGAUAAAAAAGAAUUACCCAAACCAGAAAGGAAAGAUAGUGUAAAUACUCAAAAGAGCACCAAGUCUUUAAAUAACUUGAACGGCAACGCUGUAAAUGAUGGAGUCGCUCUUAACAGUAAGCUGGUGGACACAUAUCACAUACCAGACUCCAACCAUACCCAAGGUCACGGCUUCAAAGGUGGCAAGUUGAUCGAUACAGAUAACAGCAUGGCAAAGCACCUCAGUAAGUUAUCGAAAGGCGAACUCAACAACAGUACAUCAGGGCUCCACUACAGUUCUGCAACUGACCUGACUCAGCCCCAGUUCUAUGCUACAGACGUGGUGAAUGUUGGGAAGCUGAAGAAGAAGGCCCAACAGGUGCCCCGUAGCUCUAGCAGCAGCAGCAGCCGGGAAGAGGGGGAGCGGCGCAGUGUGAGCACCACCCUCGAGAAAUACGACCACGGUUUGGACAGAGAGACACAUGAGAGUACUCCAAGAGUCAAAUCUGCCAAGAACAGUAGUAGGCAGGUUGUAGAAACCAUACCAACAAGAAUCUCACUAAUGAUAACGCACGAUCAUGAUGAUUCACGCUACACUGGUGCUCAGUUCAAGACAAGGUAUAUCCGAGGGCCUUUCAACAAGUCUGCCACAAUGGCAUCCAAGCGCAAGUAAUUUUGCAUGCACGCCAUUGAAACAUCUUCAAAGAAAGCAUGCACCAGAGGAUAGGGCAUUAUCAUGAUAAUGUUGGCCCGCAAUCACAAAAGGAGGUCAAGUUGUAAAGCUGGAAGAACCAAACUUAUAAGUUCUUUUUUUACAUCUAGAAUUGCUUUUUUCAGUAUUGCUACUAAUUAACUUUUUCUAAAACAAUUCACUUUUUGAACAUUGACCAGUCUCUUAUUACUAAUGAUGGACGUUAGGCAAUAAAACAUUUCUGAAUUAUUUGUGUUUUUAAUGCAUUGAUUGAAAUUGUUCAUGUAACUUUAGGGCUAUGUGUAUUACUGCCUUUUAUUUUUAUAGUAGAAAACACAUUUUAACCAUGAUUAGGAUUUAAGCAAUUAUCAUUCCCAUUUUUAUUUCUUUCUGCAUUAAAUCAACAGCAUAAUUUCUAAAAACUUUAGCCCUGGCUGAAGUAUACAGUGAUAACAUUUUAUUGGUAAAUCCUAUCAUUAAAUUACAGACUUUUGUAUUGAUUGCUGUGAAUUUUUGUCUUAUUUAUCAAUUUACGAGGGACAUAAAUACUAUAUAUGUGUAACAGAAUUGUAUAUCACUGCCUAAUAGUGGCCAAAUGUUUUGAAGAGAGUGAGCUUAUAGCAUGGCUGAUCAUUUCAGGGGAGAACACUGACAUACUGGUCAGUCUACAGGAAAACUGGGCUUAAUGCAUGUUUAUAAAGUAUAUCACAUAUUAUUCUGCACAGGCUUAUUGGGCUGAUACUUUCCGUUUUUACUGGAUUAUUAUUAAGAAGAAUCUUAUAAUUUCAUAAAAGCGGAAACUGUCAUACCUUAUGUCCAGACUGCACUUAUAUAUAUUUACUUUAUGCAAGGAAAAUUCGCCUCUUUAUCUAUGUAUACUUGUAAACUUGUGCUUUCCAAACACUUUAACAUUAACUUUUUUAUAUUAUGGCCAUGUCAUAUUGGAUGGUAUAUGAGGGGAAAAGUUUUUUUAUAAGCUGAGUACGAUUAUCUAUUGUGAAUCAGUAAAGCCAUAACUGUCAAAACAUACCAUAAGCCAGGUAUUUGAAAUAAUAUUGUUGGCUUAUUAUUGUUGUUUCAAUAUACAAAUCAACCUAAAUAGAGGGCGAUGACGAGCUUAAGUAUGUUUCAUGCAAUUACAAAAUGUUUUAAAUCUAUUUUCUUGGUUUGACUGAUUCCAAUGAUUGAUAUUACCAUUUGGACCUAUUGUGCUAGUAUUUGUUUGCUUGAACUGCAAGGUUUAUGCAAUAAUUAUGGUUAACAUUGAAACUUUUACUGUUUCUAAACUUGUGAUCGGCCAUUAAGAUACAGGUGCUGUGUCUUCUUUUUAAAUGAUAAGCAUGAAGCAUGUGAAGUAUGUGUUUAUGAUAUUAAUUAAGAUGUUCAGUAGUAUAAUGUCCAAUAUUCUAGUAUUUUUAUUAGAUUUCAUGUUAUGGUAAUUAUUAUGGUUUGCUAUGCAAACUGUGUUUUGACCAUCAUAUACAUAAUCAAUCCGUCCAGCACCACAUUAUUAUUUUUGUGGAUAUGUAAUAUUUGUGUUGUUUUCUUAAUUGUAACAUGUAAUCAAAUACAGUGUGUUUUUAACAUUAAAUAACUCUAAAAGCUUUUUAGCUCAUCUAUUUUUUGAAAAAAAAUUAUGAGCUAUUGUCAUCACCUUGGCGUCGGCGUCGGCGUUGGCGUUGGCGUUGGCGUCGGCGUCCGGUUAAGUUUUGCGUUUAGGUCCACUUUUCUCAGAAAGUAUCAAUGCUAUUGCAUUCAAACUUGGUACACUUACUUACUAUCAUGAGGGGACUGGGCAGGCAAAGUUAGAUAACUCUGGCGUGCAUUUUGACAGAAUUAUGUGCCCUUUUUAUACUUAAAAAAUUGAAAAUUUUGGUUAAGUUUUGCGUUUAGUUCCACUUUUCUCAGUAAGUAUCAAUGCUAUUGCAUUCAAACUUGGUACACUUACUUACUAUCAUAAGGGGACUGGGCAGGCAAAGUUAGAUAACUCUGGCAUGCAUUUUGACAGAAUUAUGUGCCCUUUUUAUACUUAGAAAAUUGACAAUUUUGGUUAAGUUUUGUGUUUAGGUUCAUUUUAUUCCUUAAGCAUCAAAGCUAUUGCUUUCAUACUUGCAACACUUACUAACUAUCAUAAGGGGACUGUGCAGGCAAAGUAAUGUAACUCUGACUGGCAUUUUGACAGAAUUAUGUGCCCUUUUUAUACUUAGAAAAUUGAAAAUUUGAUUAAGUUUUGUGUUUAGGUCCACUUUAUUCCUACAGUAUCAAAGCUAUUGCUUUCAUACUUGCAAGAUUUAUGAACUAUCAUAAGGGGACCGUGCAGGCAAAGUUAUGUAACUCUGACUGGCAUUUGGACGGAAUUAUGGGCCCUUUAUACUUAGAAAAUUGAAAAUUUGGUGAAGAUUUAUGUUUUGGUCCACUUUACCCCUAAAGUAUCAUAGAUAUUGCUUUCAUACUUGAAACACUCACAAACUAU